AUGAACCUGCACUUCAAGGCCUCUUUUUGGAUCUUGCAGUUUAGUGAGGUUGUAACCAAUAUCUUGGUCCUGAUUUGUGUGGCAGCCGCGCAAGCAGCAAUAUCUGGCUACACGUCCAUGGGAGGACUUGGGGCAGGUGCUUUUAGCAUCGAUUCAGCAUACAGCCCUUUUCAAGGCACUGAGUUGGAGCAAGUCCGGGAUCUUGACCUGCAGUACAGCCAACAGAGAACCCCUGGAGUAUACGGAGGGGUAGCUGUUAGUAUUGUUGUGGGUGCUCUCACCCUUCUCUUUUUGGUGGGUGGUGCUAAACCUCUUCACCGCCUGUCCUCAAAAUUUCUCAUGGCUGAAUUUGUGUUUAAUAUUCUUGCCUGCAUUGGCUAUAUAGUGGGGGUUGGACUUUACCUGCAUCUUAUGAUUUUGGUAAAUAGCACAGAAGUGUGUAGAUUAAGAAACCGCUUAUAUGCCCGUCACGGUUACACCUUUAUGAAUUGCGAUAUACAGGGUGGAGAUGCCGCUGUUGCUCUAUUUGGCUUAAUUUCUUCUUGCCUUUAUUGCGCAAGUGCAGUAAUGAGUUUUCUGACACUGAAGUCACUGAAGAAAAUUACCAGAGAUAUGUAUGUGAACAAUGCAGUCCGACAUGACUUUGAGGAAUUUGAACACUCUAAACAUACAAACCGUCAGAUGGAUAAGGCUGACCAACAGCUCACGACUCUUGUUUAAGAUAGCUAAGCGAACUAAAUUUUGUUUUUCUUCAAACUUUAGCUAGUGAGUAGUUGAGCCAUGUAGACAGGAAGGCUCCAUAUUCAAUCACUGAUCUGCACUGUGUUAGCUGAUACCAGCUGGUGUAGUGAAUUGGUCUCCAUUCCCAGGGAUAGAAAAGAGGAAAAUUAGUUCAGAGUUUCCAAUUUUGAUGACUAUCCAGUAGCAUCUGUGGGAAAGGUGCGUCUAGCAAUGUUAAACAGCAACACAACCAGGAUUGUUUCUGAUGAUCCCUGGGUUCAGAUGACUGCUAACAAAGUCAAAACUCUCAUGUGAAUAAUGGCCUUGGCUGACAUAUUGGAAAAUAUGAAAUGACCUACAUACGAGGUGUAACAACAGCAAAAUAUUUUGUUCCACAAAAUGUUGAAAAAAUGUUUUUUUUAAAUUAAAUUGUACAACUCUGAAGGUUUAUAAUCUGAAUAUGUAUGUAUAUUUUAUAAAAAUAAAUUCUGAUAUUUAGAUCAUUUGGAAAUGACUGCAAACACAUGUUUAAUACCUAAUGAAGUGAAUUGGAAGAUGAUACAUUUUCCAGCAUAUUGCAAACGUUACAUGGUGUAGAUAUCUCACAAAUUUGUAAAAUCAAAACUGAAUGUGGUUUUUCAAGUCACAUGAUUAAAUUGUAGAUGCCUGCUGACAGUUUUUAGCUGAUGGCAAUGGAAACAUAUCAGUGUUUCAGUGCACUGUGAUUUUGAGCUGGUGUUAAACAAAUCAAGUUUCACUCUAUUUGUUCAAUGUGCUCUCUUACUGUGUUAAGCAAGUUUUUAAAAUUAUCCAAAAAGUUCAUUAAUCCAAUGCUUUAGUAAAUUUCCCAUAAGCAUGGUGUGUGCUUGCCUAUAGAAGGAGGAACCUUCCUGUUGUCUGAUAAGUCCAGUUCACGAAUUGAGAUAUCUGGAAAGUGCCUUGUGAAGAGUCUUGGCUAUAAAUAAAAUGGGGCCUAAUGUUGUAUACAGUAAAAUAUUUGGUUUUCUAUAUUAUCUUAUGGUUUAAAAUAUCCAUUUCUUAAGUCUGUCUUUGAA